GAAAACAUCUCUAAUUUAACCAAUCUUAAACCUUAUCCUUCUCCAAACUUUUCCAGACGGUUAGGUUCCACAGUAUUACGCCACUCACAAACUACAAAGCACCGACAACUUCACAACCGGCGCCGGCGACUCUCCAUUACAGCCCUUCUACCGUCUUCCUCUCAGCCCCAAGAGACUCUUAGUCCGAUUUCAAUGGCUGCAACUCUUCUUCCCACUGCCAAACUCCAUCCCCCUCGGCUUCUCCUCUCAUCUGAAAGGCGUUUUCCAGUUUAUUUAGCCUUUCAAUUACCAAAUUUCAUCAAUAGCUUUGGACCCAUCUGCUCCAUCUUUAAAUUUAGGCCUCCGCAAGCCCUUCUGAGCUCGUCUUCUUUAAAGAACGUAGCCGAUUCUAAUUUCGAGGUCUCCACUCUCCGUGAGAUCUGCAAUGGACAUGUUCCCGAGCAUAUACUGCGCAGGACUGAGGAAAUUGGAUUUGUUGCCCCAACUGAUGUGCAGAGGCAAGCUCUCCCAGUUCUGUUUUCGGGUCGGGAUUGUGUGCUUCAUGCGCAGACAGGUUCUGGGAAGACGCUGACAUAUUUGCUAUUGAUAUUUUCUGUAAUCAACGCUCAUAAAUCAGCUGUUCAAGCAUUGAUUGUAGUACCCACACGGGAGCUAGGAAUGCAAGUUACAAAAGUUGCUAGGAUGUUAGCCGCAAGGCCUCCUGAUUCUGAACAUGGGCUAAAUUCUUAUGUUGUCAUGGCUCUUUUAGAUGGAGGCUUGUUGAGGAGACACAAGACUUGGUUAAAGGCAGAUCCCCCUACAAUACUGGUGGCAACAGUAGGGAGCUUAUGCCAAAUGGUAGAGAGACAAUUUCUUAACCUUGGUUCACUGAAUGUGCUAGUAAUUGAUGAGGUUGAUUUCAUGUUUAGUUCCUCAAAGCAAGUUAGUUCCCUAAAAAAACUCUUGACAUCAUAUUCUUCAUUCAAUAACCGCCAGACUGUUUUUGCAAGUGCGUCAAUUCCACAGCAUAGGCAUUUCCUUCAUGAUUGUAUACAGCAGAAGUGGACCAAGAAUAAUGUUAUCCAUAUUCAUAUUAACCCAAUUCAGCCCAUGCCAUCAUGUCUACUACAUAGAUUUGUGACAUGUGAGAAGAACAAAAAGCACCAAGCCUUCCUGUCCUUAUUACUAACAGAUAAACCCCAGUCUGCAAUCAUUUUUGUCAGUGAGCAGUCAGAGAAGUCAAAGAAGGCCGGAAAGAUUCCACCAACUACCUUGAUGAUUGAUUUUUUGAAGACUUCGUAUGGUGGUUGUUCCGACAUUAUCCUUCUCGAGGAAGAUGUGAAUUACAAUUUACGAGCAUCUUCCCUAUCGGAAGUGAGACAAGGAGGGAGUUAUCUUAUUGUAGCAACUGACAUAGUGGCCAGGGGAAUUGACUUGCCCGAAACAACUCAUAUAUACAACUUCGACCUGCCUCGAUGUGCAAUCGACUAUCUUCAUCGAGCUGGGCGUACAGGUAGGAAACCAUUUUCCGAGGAGAAGUGUGUGGUUACCAACCUUAUAACAUCAGAAGAGAGGUUUGUUCUGCAAAAAUUUGAAAAUGAAAUGCUGUUUAUCUGUGAGGAGGUGGUUGUUUAGAGAAUGAAUCUCAACUUCCAACAUUUAUAUGGUGCUGACCAGGGUUGAAAUCUCAUAUUAUCCUUUAGUUUUGAGCCAAAGUGAUUAUGGAUUUAAUUAUGGCCUCCCAUUGUUAUUUUAGUUUGAACUGUUUGAAGAAGAAAAAUUGUAAUAAGGACGGCUUCUUCCACCGCUGCUAAGUAGAUAUCUCUCCGUAACCAACCUGCAUACGGACAACAUCAAUGAUUAUAUAGGUUUUGAUUUUGUUUCUAGAAGAUAGGCUAUUGGGUUUUUGGUUUUCGGUGUUAGAAAAAUAAACUUAUAAACACUACUCUCACUGGUAAAUUUUCAUCAUCUCAUAUUCUGUUA